AUGGGUGCAGGUCUGUGUGUGGGAGAGAGGGGGGUGUGCAGUAGGGAAGAGGGACUGCCCUUUCGAAUUUUAAAAAACUUCGAAUUUUACGACUUGAAUUAUUUUCAAACAUCUCUCAGAAUUGAUGUGCACGGCAAGGAGAACAGCGGCUUAUUGGAAAAACUUGUGUCAAUUUUUGGAAAGCCAGAUUCUUGCACAAGAGCCUGCCAGGAAAUCAUGGCCUGCUUACAUAAAAGCCAAAUAAAUAAUAAUGCCAGGAUCAUUGGGAGGGACGGGAGGGGAAUCAGAAAGGUCAGGGAGGACUCCGAAGCCAGGAUCAGUAUUUCCAACGUUCAAGAGAUGGCGUCUCUAUAUCCGGAUCGAGUGAUAACGAUUAGGGGAACGUUGGAAAGUAUGUCCCUGGCCGAGUCCGCCAUUUCCGAAAGACUUCGCGAGUGUUACCGGAAGGAGGAGUACUACUACGCUAGGCAGCAACAACAACAAUUGAUGCCAUCAACAUCGCAGCAACGACAGCCCACACAACAACAACCACAUAGCAUCUGUCACAUCGGGAUCCCAAAUUUUGCAGUGGGGGCUAUAAUAGGGGCGGCUGGAGCCAACAUUAAGCGGAUUAUUCGGGACUCUAAUGCCCUUGUCACAGUGGAGGCCCGCCGAGAUGAGCAGACGCCUGCCGACGAAAGAAUUGCCACCGUCAAAGGGACCCCAGACUCUUGUUGGCGGGCCAGCUACUACAUCUUCGAGAAGAUGAAGCAAGAAGGCUUUGGUGGAAGUGAUGGUGAAGUGAGAUUGCGAACUAUCAUCACCAUACCACGGUCGGCUGCUGGUCGGGUGGUCGGCAAGGGGGGGAAGUGCGUGCGGGAGAUCCAACGAUUGACUGGGGCCAUGAUUCGUUUGGCUGUUGAUGCUAGCCGCGAACAACAACAACAACAGCAACAAAUCUCGCCGCCGCAACAACAAAUCUCACCGCAGCAACAACGACUAACUUUGCAACAACAACAACAGCAACAACAACAUCCACAAUUUUCUAAACAAUUUCAGAGCCAAUUUCAGCAGUUACCCCUAGAGCCCCAGCAGCUACCACAAUGUUUGCCACAGCAGCAAGAAAUGAUCCUACAGCAGCAGCGACAACACUAUCAACAGCAGCAGCAGCAGCAACAACAACAACGACAAAGACUUGAAGAAUUAGUACUUGUGGAAAUUUUCGGCAACUUUAUUUCGACACAGGUCGUAUCAAUAGUUUUGUUGGGUUAUUGUUGUUAA